UGCCUUAAUUAUUGCUGGGAAUCGAAAUUUUCUCCUUCAAUCUCUCUCCUUUCUCUCUCACUAUUCUCUACAAAAUCGUUCUUUCUAGAAUCCAAAAGCUCUGUUCCUAUUGGAUAUUUCUGUUCUUUCCUUCUCUUUCUCUCAGUACCUCUCUUUGUUUUUGCUCUGCCUCUCUUUUCCGGGAAAGUUGAUUCCUUUUUCAUCUUUCCGUUACAAAAUCCUGUCGAUUCCUACGUUAUAGCUCGGAGAGAUCACCAAAUUUUUUUUUUUCCCAGAAAACAUGGGUUUCUGGUGAAAGAAAGCAAGUCGUUGCUUCUCCCAAACUUUCACUCAUUUUGCCACGCUUUCUUUCUUCCUUCAAAAUCCAUCAAAAUUAGGACCCUUUUUCUCUAAUUCUCCGAGUUUUGCUUUUCUGGGUUUGAUUUAGCUUGAAGAAUUAACGCUGAAUCGUCGCGACGUUUUACCAUUAGUGCGUACCUUGAAUUUUGAACAAAGCAGAGGUUGAGGUUUCUUUAAGGUUGGUUGAAAAGGAAAAGAAAAAAAGAAAAAAAAAAAGAGAGUUCGAGAGGAAGAGGAAAACGACCAUUUCCUUUUUACUGUUUUUCUGUUGGAAACAAUUUACCGGGAUUCGAAUUCUCCGGUGUACGGAAAGGUCGUGGAAUAGGCAACAUUGCCAACGAAGACUCUAUGUGUGUAUGUGUGUGAGGGAGAGAGACAUAGAAACAAAGAGAUAGAUUUUUAGUUCCCGUGAAAUUUGCUGUCAAAACGUCAAAAAAUAGAAGUCUUUCUAGACCAAUUUUCUGCGUCCCUCACUCUCUCUAAAAGGGAAAUCAAAUCCCGACAAAUUCUCUCUCCCUCUCUCGUUUCUCUCUCUAUCCUCCUCUGUUUAUCUCUGUUUCCUGGGUUUCCUCUGUUUUGCAGGGUUAGGAGAGAGAACUAGGAUUUUCUCUCUCGUUUUCUCUCUAUCUCUCUUUAAAUUUUCUAAAAAAUAUGAUUUGUGACAAAGUGUCAAUGGAAUCAAACCUUGAAUGCUUCCUCCAAUGCACAACCCCUGUGGUCCAAUCGCAAUUUCUUCCCAAGACUGAGAUUAGAAACCUUAAUCGUCUAUGGCAUCCAUGGGAGAGAGAAAAAGUUGAAUAUUUCACCUUGGGUGACCUUUGGAAUCGUUAUGAUGAAUGGAGUGCAUACGGCGCUGGAGUUCCCAUCGCCUUGAACAACGGCGAGACCUUAGUUCAGUACUAUGUGCCUUAUCUCUCUGGAAUACAAAUUUUCACAAGCAGUUCUUCUGCAAAUGGUUUGAGGGAAGAGAAUGAGUCCGGGGACUAUGAAACGAGGGAUUCCUUUAGUGAUUCGUGCAGCGAUGAGAGCGAGAGCGAAAAGCAAUUGGGAUGGGAUGGAUGUUCCUCAGAGGAUGGAGGGUCUGAGCAAGACAAUCUGUGGCAUCUGAGUGAUAGAUUGGGGUCCCGUAAUUUUCAGUACUUUGAGAGAUCAACUCCUUAUGCUAGAGUUCCUUUAAUGGAUAAGAUUAAUGGAUUAGCUCAAAGAUACCCUGGAUUGAUGUCAUUGAGGAGUGUGGAUCUUUCUCCAGCUAGCUGGAUGGCAGUUGCUUGGUAUCCCAUUUAUCACAUUCCCAUGGGAAGAACCAUAAAGGACUUGUCCACAUGCUUCCUCACUUACCACACCCUUUCAUCUUCAUUCCAAGAUAUGGACCUUGAAGAUGAUCUUGGGUGUGCCGAAAGAAAGAGAAAGGAAGGGGAUGGAAUCUCUCUUCCCCCAUUUGGUUUGGCUACUUACAAGAUGCAAGGAAACGUGUGGGUCUCGGGCAAUUGUGGCCGGGACCAGGAGCGGCUGGUGUCGCUUUUGAGCGUGGCGGAUUCAUGGCUAAAGCAACUAAGGGUCCAGCACCAGCACCAUGACUUCAACUACUUCACGGGGAUCAGACGUGGGGGUUGACCACCAACAUCCUUUUUCUUUUUGAUCUUUGGUUUUGUGCUCUUUGGUUGGAGUUUUAGGCCUUCGAGUGUGAGGAUUGUAGUUGAUACUUCUUGUCUUUGAGCUUCAUUGACAGGCUUACUUAGGAGCCGGCUUUAUGUGAAUGCUACUUGACCUUGAGUUUUACUCUGUCUGCCUGCUGUUUAUGUGGUUAAUAGGUGACUUUGUGUACACUGUUGAGUGAGAUCUGAGGGAGAUGGAGGGGAGGAUCUGAGAAUAUGACUUUUUUUUUUUUUUUUUUUUAAAUGGAUUCUGUAAUAUAUGCUCUUGAACAUAAUGGAAUCCUGCGAGAUGAGGAAAAUGCCAACAGGUUGAUCCAUUUCUUUUGUA